GACUCUCGUCUGCCCCUCACCUGAGCUGUAUUAGCAGAGGUGGCCAAUUCAUACAGUCUUACAGUCUCACCCAUGACUGGCAACUAUAUUGUAGUCCACGGUGGGGCUGGCUACCAUAGGGAAUCUUCAGAAUCCUCAGUCAAACGCGCCCUCCGACGAGCAUGCAAAAGAGCUUCCAGAGGGUCCUCUAGUGCAGCGGUAGAACUCGUAGAGGAUGCUGUAUCCACACUCGAGGACGAUCCAUGCCUCAAUGCAGGCUUUGGAUCAAAUCUGACACUUCAGGGUACUGUUGAAUGUGACGCAAGCAUCAUGGAUGGUGCGAGGAAUGCUUUUGGAAGCGUUGGCGCCACUGCAGGUAUAAAAAACCCUAUUCGAUUAGCGCGUUCGGUGCUAGAACAUUCUCAAAUUCUCGAUCCCCUAGGACGUACCCCGCCUUUAACGCUUGUUUCUCCAGGUGCCAAUUUAUUUGCCGAACAUCAUCUCGAUAGGCGUUACAUUGUAGAUCCCACCUCCCUUGCAAGCCAACAAGCUGUUGAAAAUUGGAAAUCCUGGAUCGCGAAUCUGAACCAGGCUACCCAAGGAUUAGAGGUGAUCAACCGCAAAAAAUUGCACGAUGUUCAGGACACUGUAGGCGCCAUCGCCUGGUGCGGUCCUUCAGAUAUUGCGGCUGGUGUCUCAAGUGGCGGUUUACUGCUGAAACAUUCUGGGAGGAUUGGCGAGGCAGCCGUCUACGGUGCCGGAUGCUGGGCACAACGAGGCGAAGCAGUUAUAGACGGGAGAACACUAGUACGAGGAAUAGCGUGCAGCGUUUCAGGUAUUGCAGGCCCUAUCGCCUUUUUGUUGCUCUUCACUAGCGUUUCAGGCGCCGGUGAAAACAUAAUUAAGUCUUCGUUGGCCAAGCUUAUUGGUAAAACCACCGGGGAUGCUCUUUCUUCUAAUCAAGAUAUCCAUAACGCGCUAGAAAAGGUGCUAACGGUAGAUCUGUAUGACGCAUGCAAAGAAUCCUGGGAACAAAAUCCGAAAGCAGGGAUAAUCUUACUAACAGUUGAGGACGAGGGAAAGUCCAGGAGCGGCAUGUUCUAUAUUUUUUUCGAAGAUGAUGUGCCUGAUACUUUAGUAGUGCGGCUAUGGUGUGCCUUCACAACAGCGAGCAUGGCUAUUGCUUACAUUUCGCCGUCCAAUCCGAAUCCAAAAAGCCUCGUACUUCGGCGGCCCCGUGAGAAAGAUGCGGGUUGCAAACGUCCUUUGGUAUAUAUCACGGCUUGGUCACUGUGAAAGUGAUAUAGAUGAUGGAUUGUGAGAGCGAUACAGUCGUCUCUUAGCCAGGUCCUUGUCUCGCGCCAUUAGUCCCAUUGCUGUUGCCUUGUCCAAUAGAGGCGCUAUGGAGUGAUUGAUAUGAUGUAUUUCCAUUGUGGCCGGAGAAAGGAGCUACAGAACCUGAGUGGCUCGGAGUUGGUGGCUGACUGGAAGAGGGUGUGCGCUCGACCGAGCCAUUGGAUUGCGCCAAGAGGGGCUUUGCUGCAUUCAGUCGUUGCAAUGUUUUGAUCGG